AUGGCAAGCCAGAUCCUCCCGCUCGAACUUAUUGAUAGGUGUAUCGGCUCCCGCAUCUGGGUGAUCAUGAAAAGCGAGCGGGAGUUCACCGGAACCCUGCUCGGGUUUGACGACUUUGUCAACAUGGUGCUCGAGGAUGUGACAGAGUACGAGCACACCCCGCAAGGACGCAAGAAGACGAAGCUCAACCAGACGCUGCUUAACGGGAACAACAUCUGCAUGUUGAUCCCUGGUAGCUCAGGCCCCGAGGACGUAUAG